AGAGUCCAGAGGACGUUCUUUCUGUGAUAAAAAAACAAGAAACAGAUGAGGAGAAUCUCUCUAAGAACGUAUUUGAAACUUCUCAGAGGUCUCCAACAAUGCUGCCUCUUCCUGGUCUAGUGGAUAAACUGAUCAAAAGCCCUUCUAAGAGAGACUGCAACUACAUGUGUGCUGAUACUAAGACAAAGUUGGUGGAGAACUUGUGGCAAGAGCGAAACAUCGUAAGAGACAGUGGAAUACUACAUCGACUCAGUAAGGAACAGCUAAAGCUUCAAGAGCAUCUGUAUGAGGUUAUUACAUCGGAGCAGUCCUAUCUUCAGAGCUUGACGGUGGCUGUGGGGCAUUUUCAAGAAUCUUCAGAGCUGAAAGACGCUUUGGCACCAAGAGACAGAAAGUCAUUGUUUUCUAGCAUUGCAAAGAUCAAAGAGAUCAGUCAAAGCUUCAUGGAUGCGAUGCUGUUGGAGCUGGCCUCAAGUGUGUUCUGCUACUUAAUCUGUGAUGUUGUACACCAAUAUGCUCUUGGACCCUUUGAUGCUUAUAUAAAUUACAUCCGUAAUAUGCCCUAUCAGGAGCAGACAUUGCACAACCUUGGAAAAGAGAGUCCUCAGAUUGUGGAGAUCUUGCAUAAACUACAGGAACACCCUCGAUGUAACCGCCUUCCCCUCAAAUCUUUCCUUUCACUGCCAUUUCAGAGAAUCACACGGCUUAAAAUCUUAAUGGAGAAUAUCCAGAAGAAGGCCGUUCCAGGGUCAGACUGUGAGGCCUCAGCAUUGAGAGCUCUGAUGGAGAUCUCCAGGCUUCUAGAAGCUUGCAACUGGCAGGUGGGCAGAAUGAAACAGAUGGAAGAAAUAGUGCAGAUUGCUAAUAAGAUUAAGUUUGCAUGCAAGGCCCUGCCUCUUGUGUCUUCUUCUCGCUGGCUUGUGAAGCAGGGAGAUCUGGUGCAAAUCUCUUUGAAGGAAAACAUGUUUGGCCAGAGAAAAGUCUGUCCUGUACUUCUGUUCCUCUUUAAUGAUCUGCUGCUGGUGGCCACCAGGAAAGGGUUGGAUCGUUUUGUAGUUCAUGACUACGUGCACCGCUCUCUGAUAGAAGUGACCGAGGCCAAAGAUCUGGAGGAGGAGCUGGAGGGAUGUGAGCUGAACCGGAUAUUUAGGCUCGUCCUUUUGCAUAAUCACCGGAGCGCCACCUCUCAGCUUCUACUGCAAACAAAUUCAGAAGCUGAGAAGGACUUGUGGGUGGAGCUCCUGGGUGGGCGGAGAGAUGGACAGGAUACGGUGUAUGAAGAGUGGGACUGUCCUCAGGUGCAAUGUGUAGAGGUGUACAGUGGACAACAACAAGGAGAGCUUAGUCUACAGCUGGGAGAUAUGAUCAACGUCAUGCAGAAGACUUCAGAUGGGUUCCUGGAAGGCCGCAGGGUACAGGACGGACAGCGGGGCUGGUUCUCCACUGCAUGUGUUGUAGAGAUCACCAAUGAACAUGUGCAGAGACGUCAUCUUCGUCAGCGGUAUCAUGUCCUACAGACAGCCACCCGCCUGCUGAAACAACGCAGUGGGAGCCUUGAACUUCCAACCACAAAAUGCUUUAAAUGAGAGACUGUCUACAUUGCAAUUUGCAUUUUUUCACUGACUGACUUAAAAUAAAUUAGUAAAUAAUUAUAUGUAUAAUCUAUGUAUAAUUUAACUGAACUACUGCCAGGUGGUCGUUUGGUCUUGGUUUAUAUAUAUUUUAUGUGUCCGGUUUUACAGAACAACUUCAAACAUCUCUGCACGUGAUUUAAGAAACACUGAAACUACUUUCUAUGGUUUGCAACAAAUAAUGUGGUCAGUAGUUAUUUUUGCUCCAGCUUGCAAACAUGGAGUUGCUUUUUUUAUUUUAUUUUGAUAUAAAUUAAUUUUUAUUUUUAUGUAGCCUGAUGUACUGUGCAGGACAUGCAUAUUUCCUUCUGUUAUAUUCCAUUAUGUUUAAAUAAAUUUUGUAAUA